UUUCGAGCAGUACAGUUUGGGUUUCAGGGACGAAAACACAAAAGAGAAGCCCGUAGUCUGAAAUGGAUUUGGAGUCCGUGAAGAGAUAUUUGCAGAGAGGAGGUGGAGAAGAAGAGGAUGAGAAGAAGCAAGGAUCAACAAUUGAUGGAUUGCCUUUGAGAUACUUCGAACGUUUUAUAUUGCAAGGUCUUCAUGUUGAUCUAAUUGAACCUGGUCGUGUCGUUUGCUCCAUGAAAGUCCCUUCUCGUUUAUUGAAUGGUGGUAAUUUCUUACAUGGUGGAGCCACUGCCACAAUGGUGGACCUGGUGGGUUCAGCUGUAAUAUACACUACUGGUGCUCCAAUGACAGGAGUUUCAGUUGAGAUUAAUGUUUCAUACUUGGAUGCUGCCUAUCUUGAUUUGCCUUUCUACAUCAUCUCGAAUUCCGCAGUCUAUAGGGCCAUCCUGGAGCACAAACUCUUCAUUACCAUGAAGCAAUAACUUGUAAAAAUGGAUCAACCUGAUUUUAAAAAGACAUGGUAGAACAAUUCAGCAGCUCUCAGUUUGGCCAAGCCAAUAUGGCAGAGUAAUGAUAACAGGUCAAUUUCACAGGGCAAAAUGGAACAGGGAUCAUGUGUUUAAUUCUCACCACAACUACCAUUUCCGCCCGCAAAGGAAAUUUUUUCUUACCGCUUCCAUGAGAUCGUUGAUUUCUGACUCCAUCAGUUCAGAUCAGAGCCAACUCGUGUCUAAUUCUUCAGAUGUGGUGGUUCCACAAUUAUCAGUGUCUAUCAUUUUGAACAACUCUUUUAAACCACCAAUUUCUUCUUCAGAAAGCCUCUCAGCUAUGACUUGGUGCCUGCCAUCAUAUUCACUCACUGGUGGAUGAAAGGAAUCUCUCUUCACAUUCUUGAUUUUUGUUUUUCACUUUGUAAGGAUAUUUAUCAAAAUAUAUAGAUUCAUGAGUGAAAUUAGGGAUCUAUUUUACGUUCACUCUUAGAUUCAAAA